AUGCAACACAAGAGGAAGCAACAGCCUUCUGGGGCUGCCCAGAAUCCCCAGAAGCGCCAAAAGUCUGCUAGCGGAAAGGCCGCGGCCCCGAAGAAGCGUAAGGUCGCCGUCAGUGCGCUGCCAUGGAAGACGGUCGAGGUCCCCGAGAUGUUCGACGAUGCCGAGGGUUUCUACGGCUUGGAGGUUAUCGAGGGCGUUGAUGUCGUCAAACAUGGGGAUAACGUCGAGUUUAUCGCUGCUGUUCCCUCUGGCGACGAGAAGGAGAACGACGAAGACGAGUUCGAAGGCUUCAGCGACUCUGAGCCUGUCCCUACACAAACCGAUACAAUAAUGGAGGAGGCGGAGGCAGCACCAAAGGCAGAGACCAAGAAGACCAAGAAGGAGAAGAAGGCUGCAGCCAAGGCAGAACAAAAGGCACAACAAAAGGCACAAAAGGUGGAAAACACGAAGGGGGACAAGCCUGCAGACAAAGCCGAUGAGACAGACGCCGUUACACCUGCACCCGCAGCCGAAACCGAAGGCAAGAAGAAGAAGGAAAAGAAGCAAAAGAAAGCUCAGCCUAAGCCGGAGGACGCCAAGCUUGAAAGCAACGUUUUCAAGGCUCUCGAGGAAGCUGAAGAGGCCGAGGAGGAUAUCGACACAGCUCCCUGGGUGGAGCUCGGUCUCUCCCCGGCGACUGUUGCGGCCAUUGCCAAGCUCAAGUUCGCCAAGCCAACAAAGAUCCAGAGCUCCUCGAUACCCGAAAUUCUCGCCGGUCACGACGUCAUCGGUAAGGCCUCUACGGGUUCCGGUAAGACGCUUGCAUUUUCGAUUCCCAUCGUGGAGGAAUGGCUCGAAAAGUUUGAGGGAAAGGAGGACGAGAAGAAGCCGGAUAAUACACCCUUUGCGCUCAUUCUGUCGCCGACAAGAGAAUUGGCACACCAAAUCACCAACCACAUCAAGAAUCUUUGCGCCGGUCUGACCCACGCGCCCUUCGUUUGCUCGGUGACGGGAGGUCUGUCAGUCUUCAAACAGCAGAGACAACUAGCCAAGGCAGAUAUCGUUAUUGGUACGCCAGGUCGUCUGUGGGAGGUCAUCAGCUCCAGCACGGAGCUCCUGAAGGGGUUCCGGCAAAUCAGGUACCUGGUUGUCGAUGAGGCCGAUAGGCUUCUGAGCGAGGGACACUUCAAGGAGGCGGGAGAGAUCCUAGACGCCCUUGACCGUGAGGUUGUCGAAGAGGAUGAUGAGGAUGAGAAGGAGCUUUCGGAGCGACAGACGCUGGUCUUCUCUGCGACGUUCCACCAGGGACUGCAGCAGAAGCUGGCUGGCAAGGGCAAAUGGGGCCUCAUGUCGGAGACGGAGAACAUGGAGUAUCUGCUGAAGAAGCUCAACUUCCGCGAGGAAAAGCCAAAGUUCAUUGACGCCAACCCCGCCAAGCAGAUGGCCGCCGGUCUCAAGGAGGGCCUCAUCGAGUGCGGUGCCAUGGAAAAGGAUCUCUACCUCUACACAAUCCUCCUGCUCAACCCGAACCGCCGAACUCUAGUCUUCACAAACUCCAUCAGCGCCGUCCGUCGCCUGACCCCCAUGCUCCAAAACCUCAACUUGAACGCCAUGGGCCUCCACUCCCAAAUGGCCCAAAAAGCCCGUCUCCGCUCCGUCGAAAAGUUCACGGCCACAAAAGCAAACACCACGUCCGUCCUCAUCGCCACCGACGUCGCUGCCCGCGGUCUCGAUAUCCCCGGCAUUGACCAGGUCGUCCACUACCACGUUCCCCGCGCCGCCGACAUGUAUGUCCACCGCUCCGGUCGUACCGCGCGUGCCGAGAAGACGGGUCUGAGUAUCAUCCUCUGCGGGCCGGAAGAGGUCGUGCCGACCCGCAGACUCGCGGCCAAGGUCCACGAGAAGCACUCGAGCAAGAAGAAGUACUUUAUGCGCACCAUCGAUAUAGAUCGCCGCAUCGCUUCCCGCCUCAAGCCGAGACUCGACCUGGCGAAGAAGCUCACUGACGCGACCCUAGCCAAGGAGAAGGGCAACAAGGACGAGGACUGGGUCAAGGCUGCUGCCGAGGAGCUAGGUGUAGAGUACGACAGCGACGAGCUGGAGAAGGCAGGGACGUGGACGGGUCGCGGAAGUCAGCGGAAGAAGAAGCAACAAGAGGACAAGAACAUUAGCAAGGCGGAGAUGGGAGCCAUGAGGGCGCAGCUGCGCGAGUUGUUGUCGAAGCGCGUCAAUGCCGGCGUCAGUGAAAAGUACAUCACGUCGGGUAAUCUCGACAUCGAGGAGUUGUUACGAGGCGGCACGGGAGAUUUCCUGGGCAAGGUUGACGGCUUGGACUUGGAAGAUCUGUAG